AACUUCCGUACAUUUUGAAAUAGUUCGUUUAGCAUAUUAUGUGUUAAUUUUGUUAUAAUGUAUUCCAAAAGUGUGAGUAUGACAUAUAUUUCGUGUGUAAAUAAGAUAUGAAAAAAUAAUAUUAGUAAAUGUUAUCAGACUUUAAUUUUGAUUUAAAAUCCUUUUAUAUAAUCAAUAUGAUUUUUUACAUAUUUAUAUCUGUGAUUAUCCAACAUAUUGCUGGAAAAAUGAUAACAGAUGAACAUACAAAGGUAUCAAGUAAUGAAUUGUAUCCAUACAUGGCGGCCAUUAUGAAGAAGACCUCCUACAUAAGCGCCGGUGCUUUGAUAGAUGAAAGUUGGAUUAUAACUGGAGCUGAUUCAUUAUAUAUGAUCAGAGAUCUUUCUCGUAUUCUCCGCGUGCGCUUGGGCAGCAUCAACUAUAAGAAAGGAGGGUUUCUCUCUCCAGUGAAAUACAUUCACAUACACCCACUCUUCGAUGACAGCAAGCCUCAGUUUGACAUAGCGUUAAUCAAGCUAGCCACGCCUCUGCGGCUGACUCCCAACUUGAACCCAAUCAAGCUGUUAAAAAAACCACGACAAAUAACUGCCACUCAUUUUAUUGUAACAGCCUGGCCUGGUCCUCUUCAGGUUUCAAAGAAUCAUACAAGCCUGGAUUCCGUGGAGUUGUUAAGAAGACGUAUACUGACAAUAUCUCACGUCCAUCCUUUGGAUACUGAGGAAUGUGGUGAUCACCUGGAAGCCCAGGGAAUAAAUAAUACGGGAGGUGUAAUGUGUUUGGAUCCAGCAGUCGAUGGAGAUCCUUGUCAGAGAGACACAGGAGCUCCAGUGGUCUUAAACGGAAUCCUAUGGGGCGUUAUAUCGUCUUGGAGAUCCGAGGACUGCCAGAUGGAAAAUGGCGCUACAUUUGUCACCCUCGUCUCCAAUGUGAAUAUCAGCUCGUGGAUACACGCUACUAUACAUGGCCACAAAGUAACUAAGAAGCACGGCAUUGAUUAUGAUGACAAUUUUAUUUAAUUAUAUAAUAUAAAUUAAAUAUUAUUAACUUCUUUACUUCAUUAAGAAAAACACUUUUUGAACGGAUUAAAGCUAUGUAUUGUUAU